AUGGGUAGGACUAGGAAUUUCUGUUUGGCUUGGGCUAAGGAUAGAGUCAAAGCUAGAGCUAAAGCUAGGGCUGAAGCUAAGGCUAAGACUAAGGCUGAGGUUAAGGUUGAAGCUAGAGCUGAAGCUAGAGCUGAAGCUAAAGCUGAAGCUAGAGCUGAAGCUAAGGCUAACGCUAGGGAUGAAGCUAGACCUGAAGCUAGGGCUGAAGCUGGGGGUGAAGCUAGGGCUGAAGACAAUGCUGAAGCUAGAGCUAUGGCUAGGACUGGGCUAAACUUGUUAUCUGACCACUAUGAUCAACAUGAUCAAACCUCCUAA